CAGAGUGGCGGGGCGACGUCAGGCGGAAGGGCGCGGGGCGCGCACGCUUUAAAUGGCAUUCGCUGUCAUCCGAGCCCGCAGCCGUGUGGGCAGGAGCGGGCUAUAUAAGCUGCUAACCUGGGCCACCGCGGGGCAGACGGCGACGGCGGCAGUAGUGAGCGUCUCAGAGCGCAGCGGAGCAGCAACCCCGAGCCUCGCGCCCCUCGACGGGUCGGUACACCCGCCCUCCCUAGGAGCGCCGGCCCGGGCCCGCGAGGGCCGCCGCCACCCCGCAGCAGAUUUGGAUCCCCCAUCCGGCGAGCCCCAGGCUGCUGCCUCCCGGGGGGACCCGGCGCAGCGGCCGCCCGAGGAGAGUCCCAGCGCCCCGCCGUCCGGCCCCGCAGACGCCGGCGGUGCCAUGGCAGCCGCCAAGCCGGGGGAGCUCAUGGGCAUCUGCUCCAACUACCAGGCGGUGAUGCCGCACUUCGUGUGCCUCGCCGAUGCUUUCCCGCAGCCGGUGCGGCCGGCCAAGCUAUCCAAGGGCAAGGGCCGGCUGCGGCGGCCACGCCAGUCCCGCUUCAAGACGCAGCCUGUGACCUUCGACGAGAUCCAGGAGGUGGAGGAGGAAGGGGUGUCGCCCAUGGAGGAGGAGAAGGCGAAGAAGUCAUUCCUGCAGAGCCUGGAGUGCCUGCGCCGCAGCACGCAGAGCCUGUCGCUGCAGAGGGAGCCGCUCAGCGGCUGCAAACUGAGGAACAGCCUGGACUCCAGCGACUCCGACUCGGCCCUGUGAGGGGCGCCGCCCGCCUGGGGGAUGCGCGAGCUCCCGCGGCCUGCCGAGGCCCUAGUCGGGGCGCAUCGAGAAGAAGGACCCGCGCCCGGUGCCGGGGGACACCUCGAGGAUCGGAUCGGACCCAUCGCUGCCCCCUUGCGCGUUUGGACUCCUGCCCCUCUGCGAGCUGGUGGGUGCGCUCUGGGUUGCGCUCGCCCUGAGGGUUACCCCCAAGCUCGCUCAGCGACCCCGGGAAGGGGGGCUGCUUUCUUUGCCCUUGUAAAUGUUUAUUUUUUAACUCUUCCCGGUACGAACUCUGCUGUGAGUGUGUGCGGCGGGGAGGAGGGGCGGGGCCCGCGCCGAGAAUCAACCGAGGGUGCCCGAGGUUGGCCGGGUCGCCUCCAUGCCCUACUCCACCGUUACCCCCCCUCGCCCCUCCAGCGCGCACCCGUUCACACUCACGCCAACGCUCUCUCGCUGAACACUUUUAUAAUUGUCAGGCGGGCCGAUGGGACUUGGGAUGCAGUGAGGCUGCUGCUGUUGCUGCGACCGGAGGAUUGAUAUUUAUUUUUGCACUGCAAGAGCUGAAGGUGUUUAUUUAACGAUCUUUUUACCUGGAUAUGUCUGUGAGGCUCCUGAAUGGAGACAAAUAAAGUCAAUAUAUUUGCACCGUGAA